CGAUCUGUUCAAAUUUGCAUUCGCCUUGAAACUGAAACCAACGGAUGUUCUCCGUAGAUCACUUCUGACAGCAAAACAAAGAUCCGCGAGGGAACCUUUUUGCCAUUAUGGGGGUUUUUCACUCGGUACCGGAAGAUCAUCACUAUCGGAUUUUGUCUGAGAAGACAGGCUUUUCUAUGGAGCAGAUCAAGAUUCUUCAUAAUCGCUUCAAGCAGUUAAGCCACAAUGAUGAUGUGUUACGGAAAGAUGAUCUCAGCACACUUCCAGACCUAGCAAGCAACCCAAUUCGAUCCCAGAUUGUAGCAGCAUUCUUUGAUAGAAGGAACUUCCAGAAAGGAGGUGAAGGCUCAGUUCAAGAAAUUGGCUUUGAGGAGUUCCUCAUUGUCAUGUCUUACUUCAGAGCUCCAUCAGCGCACAUGACAGAAGAGCAGAGAGAAGAAAUUCGGAGAAGCAAACUGCGCUUCCUGUUUAACAUGCAUGACACUGACAAUGAUGGGACCAUAACACUGGAGGAAUACAAACAUGUGGUGGAGGAGCUGCUCUCUAGGAGUGGAUCACUUGGAAGAGAAACAGCCAAGGGCAUUGCAGAUGCUGCUAUGCUGGAGGUGGCUAACAUUUCAGUGGGUCACAUGGGUCCAGAUGAAUUUUAUGAAGGGAUAACAUUUGAGCAUUUUGUGAAGAUUCUGAAAGGAAUAGAAAUUGAGACGAGGAUGCACAUCCGGUUCUUAAAUUUGGACACGACGAGUCUGUGCAAAUGAUGGCCUAUCAGCAACCAAUGGUUCACCUGAUAUUCCAAUGCACCAAUGAUAACUAAUAA